UCUGCCGCCAUCUUGUGGCUAUUUUAGAGGAUACUGCGAGCGAGCAUAGUAAAAAGUUCCCAUUUUUAUUCUAAAUAAUUGAUAUUUCACUCACACUUAAAAAGCAGCUAAAAUCUACCACAAUUUAUGUGGAUUGAUAAAAAAAAUCUGUUACCUGUUUUGUUCUACAUGGCGACCAGCCGUUGAUAUGGUAACCAAGACAACACAAUCCUAAGAUUCGAAAGGAGUUGUUGCAGACAUGGGGAAUUUAUGCAACUCGCAAGACUUUUGCCAUCGAAAUGACAAGCUCAAAGAUGCUAAAAUCAUCUUUGUGGUCGGCGGGCCCGGGUCCGGUAAAGGCACGCAGUGCGCAAUGAUGGUGAAAAAGUACGGCUUCACCCACUUGUCAUCCGGGGACUUGCUCCGCACUGAGGUGGCCUCGGGCUCUGAGAGGGGCAAGCAGCUUCAAGCCAUCAUGCAGAAGGGAGAGCUUGUGCCACUGGACACCGUGCUGGACAUGAUUAAGGACGCCAUGAUCGCCAAAGCCGAUGUAUCCAAGGGCUUCCUCAUCGACGGCUACCCACGUGAGCUGAAGCAGGGCGAGGAGUUUGAGAAGAAGAUCGGCAAACCGUGCCUGCUGCUGUAUGUUGACGCCAAGUCCGAGACCAUGGUCAAGAGACUUCUGAAGCGUGGCGAGACCAGCGGCCGCUCUGACGACAACGAGGAGACCAUCAAGAAGCGACUGGCCCUCUACUACAAGGCCACCGAGCCCGUCAUCGCCUUCUACGAGAAGCGUGGCAUUGUCAAGAAGGUGGACUCGGAACUUCCGGUGGAGGAGGUCUUCAGCCAAGUCGCCAAAGCUAUUGAUGCACUGUAGUUUCAAAAAAAAAAAAGAAAAACCAACA